AUGAAGCUUUUACUUCUCUCAACAAGCUGUGUGCUAGCAGCUGCUGCGACAGUAGGUCGGGCAAAAUGCGCGUCAGUUCACUCGCUCAGCAGAACACCGGCUUCAGCUAUCUCCCACCCCCAUGUGCCUCAAUUUGUGAGCUACUCUUUCGAGCCGGCCUUUUGGACCGAAUUCUUCGGCGAGCCAGAUUCUCCCCGAGACUUGACUUUCAAUCUCCUCAAUCAUCUACACGAGCGCGGGGCUAGACCGAUUAUCCGUGCAGGGGGCAUUACCAUGGAUAGCAUGGUGUUCGACCCCAGCCAGAAACUAUCCGUUGUGCGCACAGAGAACGAGAAAGGGGGGAUAUACAGGACGACCGUUGGCCCGUCGUUUUACCAGCAGUGGGAUAACUUCCCCGAAGGCACGACCUUUGUGUCUACGCUCAACUUCGGCAACAACUCGGUCAGCAUUGCACGGGAUCUUGCAGCAGCAUCAUACCAACUCCAACGAGACAAGAUCACAUACUACGAGCUGGGGAACGAGCCCACCAACUACCCCACCAGCCGCUGGAACGCGAGCACCAAAGCCUACAUCUCCCAAUGGCAGGCCUUCACCGCCCAGAUUGACGCAGCCAUCUCCAACGACAGCCACGGCCGAUGGUGGGCAUCCAGCGCCACCACCGACAUCACGCCGCUCAAAGUCCGCCCCAGCGACCUCAUCCCGGCGGGCGUCAACUCGACGGGCCAAGUCGGGCUGUACUCGAUCCACUCGUACGCCUUCGCCACCUGCGACCCGGCGCGGGCCGCGCGCGCCACCAUUCCCAACAUCCUCAACCACACGGACCUGGUCCGCUACGCCGACGACGAGCUCUACCCGUCGGCGCGCGCCGCCAUGGACGCCGGCGCCCGCUGGGUCGUCGGCGAGUUCAACUCCAUCGCCUGCAGCGGCAAGCCCAACGUGUCGGAUACCUUUGCGCAGGCGCUGUGGACGGCCGAUGUGGAGCUGUUGUACGCGGUGAGGAAUGCGUCGAGUGUGCACCUGCAUCAGGGCGCGACGCUGGCGUUUCAGAGUGACCAGCAGUUAAAUACGCCGGGGGAUGAUGGGAGCCCGGGGUUUAGUAGUUAUUCGUUGCUGUAUCCGGUGGAUUCGACGAAGCGCGGGGAGGCAAGGGUGUUGCCGGUGUUUGUGUCGCAGUUGUUGGUGGUGGAGGCGUUGGCGGAGGGGGGGAGAAUUGCGGCGUUGGGGACACCGGCGGGGUUGAGGGAGCAGGAGUUUUCGGCGUAUGCGGUUUUUGAUGGGAGGGGGGAAAGGUUGGCGAAGUUAGUUAUUUUGAACAUGAAGCCGUAUUACACGGGGCAGGAAGCUGCUCCGUCGACGCUGUCAUUGGAUAUUGGGAAGCACGACGGGGCCACGGUCAAGCGUAUGACGGCUCCGUUUGUGGAUGAGAAGGACGCUGCAAAGGUUACUUGGGCAGGUCAGUCGUUCAGGAAUGGGCAGGCUGUUGGUGAGGUGGCCGUGGAGCGUCUUGGGCGGGAUGAGAGGGUGACGGUAAGAGACAGCGAGGCGGUCCUUGUCACGUUCGAGGGUGCCGGUUUGCGGCUCUGA